AUGGAUCUCACAGAUAGUUCGGAGGAAACAAGAGCGCUCGCGAUUUACUGGGGCCGCACGAAGCCCAUGCUAUCCCUAUCGCUUCUGUCAACCACCGCAUGGAUCACUCCGACGGCAUCCUCGACCACGACGCUCACACCGUUCUUCAAGCGUGCGUUGGCAAUGUCGACCAUGACCACCGCUUCCCAGCCUGCGAUCGUAGAUGCCGUCGCUGCUGGCAAAUACGUCGAGGUGCACUUUGACGACGGAGCCGCCUAUCGCUUCCACUCACUCUGGCUGCGCGACGCGUGCCGCGAUGAGGAGCACGUCGUAGGCGGCGCUGGCGAACGCUACUUGACUGCGACUCCGGUGGGGCCAUCGGGCGUGUCGGCUGAGAACGUGCGUGCAGCUUCUGCAGAAGUCGGUGCCAAUGGUGGUCUGCACGUCACAUGGAAUGACGCCUCGCUGGGCCCACACGAGAUGGCGGCCGAUCCGCCGCGUGUGUCCCGGUUUCGCACGGACUUCCUACGAAUGUAUGCCGAGGUCGUCGGAGAGAAGCUCGCCGCGGGAGCUCGCAGCAGCUCGGCGGUGCACGAGGACCUCGCGUUCCUGACACCCUACUCUGGAUUUCCGAGCGCGCGGGCGCCCAAGGCGGAGGAGAUGCGGCUCUGGAAGGCGGCGGACUUCGCCGUGCCCACGUUCGACUUCCAUGAGGUGCUCGACCCCGCCUCGGACGCCAACCUAAACUGCAUCGAGUCGGUGCUCUACCACGGCGGCGCGAUGAUCGAGGGCUGCGAGGAGCCCGGCGAGGUGGCGCUGCGCCGCCUCGCGGACGACGCCUUCGGCGGCCUGCAAAAGGACCCGACGCGCGACAUUGCCAACUGGCGGAUCGUCCGCAAGGAGGGCGCCACGUCCGUCUCGUACGACCACCUCAAGCGCCUCAACCAGCACACCGACUCGAGCAUCCCGCCGCACGGCGUGCCGGCGCUCUGCUUGCUCAUGCACUACGAGGAGGGGACGGGCACGAACACCUUCACCGACGGCUUCGCCGUGGCGCGCCAGCUCGAGGCCGAGGACCCGGAGGGCUACCGUCUGCUCGCCACGUACGGCUACGACGCCGAGCGCGACUUCGUGGCGUCGCGCGUCGACUCGCCGCAGGAGUACAAUCGCGGCCUCAUCGUGAGCACGCAGCCGAAGCUGCUGCAGCUCGACGACACCGGCGCGCUCCAGCGCAUCCAGUACAACGAGGUCUUCCGCACGCCGCUCACGCUGCCCUUCGACGUCUUCCCCAAGUGGUACAAGGCCUUCAACCGCUUCGUCGAGCUCGUCCACUCGGCCGAGUACGAGAGGCCCGUGCCGAUGCACAAGGGCAAGUUCUUCCUCAUGAACAACUGGCGCGUGCUGCACGGGCGGGCGGGCGGGCUCGCCUCGAGCGACCGCGUGCUCGUCGGUGGCACCAUCACGCGCGAGGCCAUCUACUCGCAGGCGCGCCGCCUCCUGCGCGAGCGGCGUCCCGGCGGCUUUGCGGACGUCUCGCAAGAGGAGGAGCUCGACGACGAGGAGGAGGAGGAAAGGCUGCGGUCGCGGCCGCGGCCGCGGUCGCGGCUGCGGCUGCGGCUGCGACCCAUAUAG